CGGCAGGAAAUCAGUAUCGCUACUGCCUGACCUUACCGCUCUCCCCGCUCAGCGUAUCAGAAUCCUUCACCGCUGACAAAGUCUGAUCGGACCGGUGAUUCGUCCGGUGUGAUUCGCUUUCUUAACGUUUAUUGGGAGGCUCUGUCCAAUAAGGCUAUUUAGAAUUGGCCCCCCCCCCCACACCAGUCUUCCCACCAACUGCGAUUCAGGAAGACCGGCGUCUACACACCUUUCCUAAUUGGGUGCAACGAGCACGUGGAUGCAUGUGACUUAUACCUGCCAUAUUGGGUUAUCCAUCUCCCUUUAAAGUAUCUCUACCAAAUAAUUCUGCUUCCCACUACCCCCAGAAAAUCAACGUCGGGGAGUAUUGAAGUGAAUGGACGGCAGCAUGGAGCAGUCGCCGCCGCAGAAUAUGAUGCGCGGACUGCCUCAUGCCCCGGUAGAUCCCGGCUCAUUGCCUGCGGAAUACUGGGAGUCGCUGUAUGCAAACCCGGAACCCCCACAUCAGCAUGCGCAUCCGCCACAGCAACAGUUACAGCAAUCGCAACAACCACAACAACCGCAGCCCAUGGGUAUCAGCUGGGAUCAUCCGGUAUUCGGCCAAGCACCCCAGCAACGGAGCCCUUUACCCCUUCAACAGGAGCAUGGCCAUGGCUUGUAUACCUCAUCCACUCCGCAGUCUUGGCGACCCAACCCUUUGCAUCCUCAGCAGAUGAUGUCGACCCCACAGGGAUUUACGAUACCGGUUCAAUAUCGACAGGUGCCUCAGUAUUCACAGGGGCAAGUUCCUUUUGAAUCGCAGUCUCUCAGCACGUCGGAGAAUCCACCUUAUCAAUCGUAUGCGUUUCCGCGAAACUACUAUCCUUCACAGCAUCUGUCAGUGCCAGACACCUUCUCUCAAACGCCUCCCCCCCAAGCCACUCAGUCACAAUCAUCUCAACCGGCCCCUUAUCAGUCUAACACUCCUCAAACCCCGAUCGUUCCAUACAACAUCCCUACGGGAUAUUCGGAAGAGACUUCAGUAAGCCUGUUCGAAACUAUCUCGCCCGAUGAUAGUCUAGCUAACAAUUACUAGCAUGGUCAGGUGCAGUAUACAAGUGAAUUUCCCGACUCUGCGCCAAGUGUCCAUGAGCAUCAAACGAUCAACCCCCAGUUUCUCAACACGGCUCAGCAAACCAACAACCAGCAUGGCCCCCUCAAUAGCUUCAUCUAUGUAAACCCAGGAUUUGAACGACAAGAUGAUCAAAGGUAUAUCUUUUAAACGAACUGUGGUUUUAUCUUGCUUCCUGUGAAUUUGCUGACUUUUUUCCCUCCAGGGUGUUCGACUACUACCGGAAUGACUUGCAAAUGCCAUCGGUUC